AUGUGUCCAGGACCCCGAAGAUCGGACCCUGUGAUGUUUUGCACUACGACGAAAGACAGCUUUGAGGUCAGCCCAUCUUUGAUGGCGUUUGCGAUGCUGUCAUCGGCGGGACGGGGAGACGGGACCGAGGGGACGUCGGCUCCUUUACGGCCUGGCCCUUUGUUCGGAGUUAGUGAAAGGAUUAAAAAGGCCAUGUGUUUGUGGAAGGCUGAGACGUCGUCAAGCAAUGACGACAAUGGGCCGCGGAGGCGAUUUGUUUACCGUCUGUUUGGUCGCACAAGGACACAUCGCGAAGGUGAGGUCGGCUCUGGCGUCACUUGCUGGGUUAAGCUUAUCCAUGAUCGCAACAUGGGCCAAUGAGUGCUCAAGGUUCCUGCACCGAGAGCCGGACAGGGGCUUGCGCUUCUCCUCCGGCAAUCCUUCGUUCGAGACCAUUCAAUGCCCCACUCGGUCCUUUCCUCGCUGGGAACCUGGAGGGCAGGAAGAGUAAAGCCAAGAAGCGUACACAGUAGAUGGAAGUAACCGAGUAUUGCGCAAAAGGAACAACAACC